CACUGAUGACCCUCCUCAUCCUCACUGACUGAUGAAGAGCUGCUGAAUCAUUUCUACAACACUUAAGGACUGUCCUCAUCAUGCCUCCUCAGCUGCAGUCCCAGAACCGGGCCUUGUCUCGAGUCCUGCAGGACGUCCCGGCGGAUCUGAGUCCAGCGCUGCGAGAGUUCAUCGAGAACAGCGUGAGUCUCUGCCAGCCGGACUCGCUCCACAUCUGUGACGGGUCCGACGAGGAGAACCGGGCCGUGCUGAGUCUGCUGGAGGAACAGGGCGUCAUCACACAACUACACAAGUACAACAACUGCUGGCUGGCGCGCACAGACCCGCGAGACGUGGCCCGAGUCGAGAGCAAGACGGUGAUCGUGACCCCGGAGCAGCGAGACACGGUUCCUUCACCUCGAGGAGGAGGCGUCAGUGAACUCGGCCGAUGGAUGUCACCCGAGGAAUGGGACAAAGCCAUGAACCUGCGCUUCCCCGGGUGCAUGAAAGGUCGUGUGAUGUACGUGAUCCCGUUCAGCAUGGGUCCGGUCGGGUCUCCGCUCUCGAAGAUCGGUGUCGAACUGACCGACUCCCCGUAUGUUGUGGCCAGUAUGAGGAUCAUGACCCGCGUGGGAAAGGCCGUUCUGAACGCGCUCGGGAACGGAGAGUUCGUGAGAUGUCUUCACUCCGUCGGAUGCCCACUUCCCCUCAAGAAGCCGCUGGUGAAUAACUGGCCCUGUAACCCGGAUCUCACGCUGAUCGCGCACAUCCCGGAGCAGAGGAGCAUCGUGUCGUUCGGCAGUGGGUACGGGGGGAACUCUCUGCUGGGAAAGAAGUGUUUCGCUCUUCGCAUCGCGUCUCGCAUCGCUAAAGAGGAGGGCUGGCUGGCCGAACACAUGCUGAUCCUGGGCAUCACUGACCCGGCGGGACAGAAGAAGUAUUUCGCGGCGGCGUUCCCGAGCGCGUGUGGGAAGACGAACCUGGCCAUGCUGAAGCCUUCUCUGCCGGGCUGGAAGGUGGAGUGUGUGGGAGACGACAUCGCCUGGAUGAAGUUCGACACCGAAGGGAAUCUCAGAGCCAUCAACCCAGAGAACGGUUUCUUCGGUGUGGCACCAGGAACCUCCAGCAGAACCAACCCGAACGCCAUGCACACCAUCCACCAGAACACCAUCUUCACCAACGUGGCCGAGACCAGCGCUGGCGGGGUUUACUGGGAGGGCAUGGAUGAGGAUCUGCCCGAGGGAACGACCCUGAAGUCCUGGAAGAACCGGCCCUGGACGCCUGAGGACGGCGAGCCGUGCGCUCAUCCCAACUCGCGCUUCUGCACGCCGGCCGGCCAGUGUCCCAUCAUCGACCCGCAGUGGGAGUCUCCCGAAGGCGUUCCCAUCGAGGCCGUGAUCUUCGGUGGGCGUCGGCCCGAGGGCGUCCCGCUGGUGUACGAGGCCUUCGAUUGGUCACACGGAGUGUUUGUGGGCGCGGCCAUGAGAUCCGAAGCCACGGCGGCCGCCGAACACACAGGUAAAGUCAUCAUGCACGACCCGUUCGCCAUGCGCCCGUUCUUCGGCUAUAACUUCGGCCAGUAUCUGUCCCACUGGCUGAGCAUGCAGGAUCAUCCCGAUGCCAAACUGCCCAAGAUCUUCCACGUCAACUGGUUCCGCAAGAGCGCGUCGGGCCGGUUCCUGUGGCCCGGCUUCGGGGAGAACAUCCGUGUGCUGGAGUGGAUGUUCCGCAGGAUCAGUGGCGAGGCUGGAGCGAUGCCCAGCGCCGUCGGGUUCCUGCCCGUCCACCUGAACCUCAGAGGUCUGCCAUCGGACCUGGACCUGGAUCAGCUCUUCCACAUCUCAGCCCAGUUCUGGAGCCGGGAGGUGGAGGAGAUCCGAGCGUACUUCCAGCGCGAGGUUAACCAGGACCUGCCCGCAGAGAUGGAGCGACAGCUGGAGAUGCUGGAGCAGAGAGUGGGACGGCUGUGAGAAACGGCUUUAGAGCCGGUCAGCUGACAGCAAACUCUCCUUUUAGAACUUUUUAUAUUUCUAGCCCUCUAAUCAGUGGCUGAA